AAUCUCCCCGGAGUGCCCUCGCCAGGCAGCGAUGCCAGGAUGCCCGUCUCUACCUCCGUCCACCAGGACGGCAGCCAGGAGCGGCCCGUGAGCCUGACCUCCACCGCGAGCCUGACCUCCACCGCGUCCUCUUCAGGCUCCUCCCGGGACAGCCGAGGCGCCAUGGAGGAGCCCAGCGGCCCUGAGGCCUUCACCAAGAACGGGGCCGGCUCCCCGCGUGGCAGGCACCCCCCCAACAGCAACAACAACUCCAGCACCCGGCCUAACAAGAAGGGACCCCUGUCCCCAUUCAACAGCCGGGCAGCCGCGGCGCCUGCGCACAAGCUCAGCUACUUGGGCCGGGUGGUGCGGGAAAUCGUGGAAACGGAGCGCAUGUACGUGCAGGACCUGCGCAGCAUCGUGGAGGACUACCUCCUGAAGAUCAUUGACACCCCUGGGCUGCUGCAGCCAGAACAAGUCAGCGCCCUCUUUGGGAACAUAGAAAGCAUCUAUGCACUGAACAGCCAGCUCCUCAGAGACCUGGACAACUGCAAUAGCGACCCUGUGGCUGUGGCCAGCUGCUUUGUGGAAAGGAGUCAAGAGUUUGAUAUCUACACCCAGUAUUGCAACAACUACCCCAACUCAGUGGCCGCCCUGACCGAGUGCAUGCGGGACAAGCAGCAGGCCAAGUUCUUCCGGGACCGGCAGGCGCUGCUGCAGCACUCGCUGCCCUUGGGCUCCUACCUGCUGAAGCCCGUCCAGCGCAUCCUCAAGUACCACCUGCUGCUCCAGGAAAUUGCCAAACAUUUUGAUGAAGAAGAGGACGGCUUCGAGGUGGUGGAGGACGCCAUUGACACCAUGACCUGCGUGGCCUGGUACAUCAACGAUAUGAAGAGGAGGCAUGAGCACGCGGUCCGGCUCCAGGAGAUUCAGUCGCUGCUCAUCAACUGGAAGGGGCCCGACCUGACCAUCUAUGGGGAGCUGGUCCUGGAGGGCACAUUCCGCCUGCACCGCGUGCGGAACGAGAAGACCUUCUUCCUCUUCGACAAAGCGCUGCUCAUCACCAAGAAGCGGGGCGACCACUUUGUCUACAAGGGUCACAUCCCGUGCUCCUCCCUGAUGCUGAUCGAAAGCACCAGAGACUCCCUGUGCUUCACCGUCACCCACUACAAGCACAGCAAGCAGCAGUACAGCAUCCAGGCCAAAACCGUGCAGGAGAAGCGGAACUGGACGCACCACAUCAAGAGGCUCAUCCUGGAGAACCACCACACCACCAUCCCCCAGAAGGCCAAGGAAGCGAUCUUGGAAAUGGACUCCUAUUAUCCCAACCGGUACCGCUACAGCCCAGAGCGCCUGAAGAAGGCCUGGUCCUCUCAGGAUGAGGUGUCCACCCACGUUCGCCAGGGCCGCCGGCAGUCUGAGCCCGGUCAGCCCCUGCACAGCCGGGCAACACUCCCCAGCCAGCCGCGAGGCUUCAUGGUGCCAGGCCUCAUGGGCCGUAGAAAGUCGGAGCCAACCAAACACCUGCUCCGGCAGCUCAGCGAGAAAGCAACCAGAGCGGCCAGAGCAGCAGGAAUGAAGCAUGCGGGCAGUGCUGGCGCUCUCCUGGACUGCGGGCAGCCCUCCCGUACUCGUACUCGGGGCCUGCAGCCGGAGCCUGAAGGGGCUGCCCGGGAGGAACAGGAGGAGGAGGAGGAGGAGGUGGUGGAGGAGGACGAGGAGGAGGAGCAGGCAUUUCAGGUCACUCUGGAGGACCUGGCAGGGCAUGAAGGCAGCAAGAAGGGGUCUGGGCCAGAGCCCCCAGGCUCAGAGGAAGAGGAGGAGGAGGAGGAGGAGGAGAGCCUGGCAGUGGCGGAGCAGGUAGCCGACUUUGCCAGCUCCCUGCUGGCCGCCCUCCACUGCUGGCACUAUCGGGCCAACGCUUUACUUUUCUCCCGGGGUGCUAUGGUGAGGUGUCUCUUUGAUCUCCCCUCCUCCUUGCAUGUUCCCUGGCAUGUGCAAGCCCAUGCCCAUCCUGGAGUCCCCUGCCCUGCCCUCUCCACCCCUCUGUCCUUCCUUUACUUCUGCCCUCAGCACUUCUUAACCCCUCACUCACUGUCACACCCUGGUGAGCCCCUGGCAUGCACUGUUCCAGUCCUGGGCGUGGACUAGCAUACCACCCAACGCGCAUGACUAACGGGGUGGGGGGUGGGGAGGGGGGAA